AUUUCCAUACUGAAAUUGCUAAUUUACUUAAAGAAAGACCAACUCUAAAAGAUGUUAUCACUCUCGUGCUUCAAAAUCCAGACCGUGAAAAAGAAAUUUUAACUGAAGCGAAAGUAAAGGCUAUUAGAUUUGAUGCUAGUGAAAUGUUUGAUUUUGAGAAUGAAUAUGAUAUUCAAGAAGGAUGGAUUAUUACAGACGAAG